CAAUGUCAAAAAGAGAAAAAAGUUUUGCGAUCGUGGUGAUUGCUGAUCGUAAUUUUACGAUAAAUUACAAAAUACUAAUCGAUAUUCUAUUUUUUACUGAAUCAAGUGAUUAAAUACAAUACAGUUUAUCGAAUAAUUACACAUUAUAAAACUUAUCUACAAUGGAUUCAGACAAUUUAACCAAACAGGCUGAAGAAGUAGAAGCCCUGAGUGCCAUCUACGGUGACGACUGGAUCACAGAGAGUGAAGUAACGAGGUCGUAUAGCAUUAGGAUAGAGGAGAAUAAAAACGAAGUAAGGCUGUAUGUGACAAUGCCUGAUGACUAUCCGUCUCAUUCCCCGCCAAAAUAUGAGUUGUCGGCCCCUUGGAUGGAUCGGAAGGCCAAAACGCAGCUACACCAUCAGUUAGACGAAGUAUACUUAGAGAAUGUAGGUGAGAAUGUCAUAUUUCAGUGGGUUGAGAAGAUACGAGAAGUGUUACAAGCAAUCAAACCGGCUGAGAAGAAGGUAGAAGCAAAACCUCAGGCUGUUGAGUCAUUAGAUUUAGCUUUGUUAGAUAUAAACUGUCCGGAUAUCACUCAUGGUGAAGUGAUUGUAGACAGAAAGAGCUCAUUCCAAGGUCAUGCUGCUGAAGUACAUUGUCUUGAAGAUGUCAAUGCCGUCUUAACAAAAUUAAAGCUAAACAAGAAGAUUCUAAACGCCACACACAACAUGUACGCGUACCGCAUAGAACGCAAGACGGCUAAAGGCACCAGCAUACUGCAGGAUUGUGAUGAUGACGGAGAGGCCCAUGCUGGCGGGAGGAUGUUACAUCUGCUGCAGAUAUUAGACCAGAAGAAUACGCUUGUUGUUGUGUCUAGAUGGUACGGAGGUAUACAACUAGGCCCCGAUAGAUUCCGGCACAUAAACAACGCGACCAGACAAGUUAUACAACAGGCAGGGUUACUGAAGAAAUGACGUUUAGCUUAGAACAUAGCAUAAAGCGAAUAUUACUGCUACUUGGAAGAUAACUGCUUUGUGGAUUACCCAUCAAAAUACCCGCAGAAUAAAAUCUAAAAUUCAUUAUAUAGCUGUGUUUAGCGAUUUUUUAUUUUUUUAAUUCUCUAAUGUCUGAUGUGUUUCGAGGAGUGCUAAGUACGAUCGCUCCGUGGAUACGUGACUAUCCAUAUUAUACGUACUGCUUUGUAUCUCAGAAACACAGUUAUGCCUGUACUUUGGCAUUUUUGGUAUCUUUGGCAGGAUAUUGCUGGAUACUGGGGUAUUUUUAUUUUAUUUAUUUGGGGAAAAUAACAGUACCUACAACAUUUUCAACAAGAUAUUACAAGUUGAUAUGGGUAGUUAAAUGAUCCACAAAGCUAGUUCCAUUGUGUCUAUUUUGUAUAGACUGUAUCUUUUAGUCAGACUAAGGCAUAGAGUGCCUUCGUAUUCAUAACUUUUUUACUCAGGCAUAAAUAUUACUCCUAGAUUUAUAAGAUGUUUAAUGUAGUGGAACUGAAUUGACUGCUAUUUUAGCUUACUAUAAUGUGUAUGAAAAAUACAAUUAUACAAUCAUACUUUACGAAUUUCUCAAUUAGUCUUACAUACAAAACUGAUGAAAUGAAAAUGUGAAGUUUCGAUAUAAUGGAAUGGUUUGAAUAUGGGUUUCAAUAAGCACAGUCCCCUUGAAAAGUGUUCUUUAAAAAGCCCGAUUUAUUCAAUUCCAAUUUUUUUUUAUAUAUUUUCCAGCCUUACCUGGCAUUGUGAUUAUAUUGGAUCUCUAGCUUAAAAUCCUUAAAUAAGUUUUAAAUAAACCAACGUAAAUGUAUAUAAACCUGUAUAUUAUGUACUUUAUAACAAUAUUUACAAGAUAAUAUUUUUUCACGAUUAAUUUUGUGCUAUCUUUUAUUGUUUCUUGAGUUGUUGUCUGUUGUUUUAACUGUUAUGCAUUUUUUGUCCAAGAAUUUCAGGAGAUCCUGUAAUCAAAAUUUUAUAAUGUAUGACAGGAGGAAUAAAAUGAUUUUGUUUUA